AUGCCAUGGUUGGAAGCGACUUCGUGUGAGACGCGUUUGGGGCGCAUGCUUCCUGGUGAGCUUCCUGGUGGACGCGCGCGGCGGCGCCAUGCGCGGCUGCCGGCACUCGGGCGUGCGCGUGAUCGUGCCGCCGCGCAAGGCGGCCAUGCCGACGCGUGUCACGUGCCGCUACCUGAAGCGCGACAAGCUGGCACACCCGCCGCCGCUCAUGGAGGGCGAGGCGCUGGCCAGCCGCAUCCUGGAGCUGGGACCCGCGUUUGUGUGUGCUCGCAGGCCGGUGAUCAUCGAGGGAACGCGGGGCCCCGGUGGACGGGGGGCGGCAGGCGGAGGCGUCAGUAUUAA